UGUCCCCCGCUGAGCCAGACCCAGAGUGAUCCUCCGGUCAAUUGUUGGGCGCGCGAUCGCCCGGAGCUUUCCGGUGCCCCGAGCGCAGAGCGGGCGCGCGGGGCGCGAAGGAGAGGGGAGCGGAGCCGGCCCCGGACGAGGGGAGGGGGCCGGAGCUUGCCUGCCUCGCUCGCUCGCCCAAGCGGGUCCGCUCGCGCAGGGCGCAGGGCGCGCGCGAUGAAGGCGGUGAGCCCGGUGCGCCCCUCGGGCCGCAAGGCGCCGUCGGGCUGCGGCGGCGGUGGCGGCGGCGAGCUGGCGCUGCGCUGCCUGGCCGAGCACGGCCACAGCCUGGGCGGCUCGGCGGCCGCGGCGGCGGCGGCGGCGGCCGCGCGCUGCAAGGCGGCCGAGGCGGCGGCCGACGAGCCGGCGCUGUGCCUGCAGUGCGAUAUGAACGACUGCUACAGCCGCCUGCGGAGGCUGGUGCCCACCAUCCCGCCCAACAAGAAAGUCAGCAAAGUGGAGCUCCUGCAGCACGUUAUCGACUACAUCCUGGAUCUGCAGCUGGCUCUGGAGACGCACCCGGCUCUACUGAGGCAGCCGCCGCCGCCCGCGCCGCCGCACCUCCCGGCCGGGACCUGCCCGGCCGCGCCACCGCGGACCCCGCUCACCGCGCUCAACACCGACCCGGCCGGCGCGGUGAACAAGCAGGGCGACAGCAUUCUCUGCCGCUGAGCCGCGCGUCCCAGGUGUGCGGCCGCCUGAGCCCGAGCCAGGAGCCCUAGAGAGGGAGGGGGAGAGAGCAGGAGGUAGAGAAAAAGCCACCCGGAGGAAGGAAACAUAACAAAAAAGAUCAGCAAAUCCUAGAAACGUUUCAAUCGUCAUUCCAAGAGAGAGGGAAGGAAAAGAAAAGUUUUCAUCUUUGUUAAUUUUUUUUUUUUGCACGUUCAUAAACAUU